AUGUACGGCCGCACGCUGCGCAGCGAUCCAGCGCUGCAGGUCCCAGCCUUCGCGCGAGGCGACGCGCUUAAGAUUCCAGCGGAGCUGCUCAGAGCAGAGACGCUCGAACUUGAGAGCCGCAAGAUCUUCAAGCGAGAGCACGAGACCGGCCCUUACGCUGCAGUGCGAAAGGAGCGAGGCGCGGGCAUGAUCGAUGCGCCGGAGCUCCGCGAGGCGUGGGAAAGGCUGCUUCUCCCGAGACAGUCUGGCGGUAUUUUGGACAAGCCGCCAAUGUACCUUGACGUGUGUUGCGCAAAGGAGGCCGCCCAGGAGCUGCUCUCCACCACGCUUGGCGAGGCGGUUAAGCGGCGCGAUUGGCAGGAGAUGUGGGUACUGCUGGGGCAGAUUGAUGUCGCGCUGACCCAACUCGCCGGCUUUGGCACCGGCGCGGAGCUGCCGUGGUGGGUGGAUUCCACGCGAGACGACGAACCCGGUGGCGUGGACAAUCCACUCACCGCCGACGCAACCCCGCCCGCCGUUGUCAAGAUCGAGCAACACUCACCUGGUCCCAGCUCGUCUGGUGGCCACAAGCGGGGGGUCGACGAGGCGGAUCUCCAAGUGGGCGGCGGCGACGACGACGACGACGAUGAUGACGAGGAGGAGAAGGACACCGAUUAUCAAAGAAUCUUGCGGUCACUGGGACCUAUCGGGCAGCCGCACGAGUCGCAUUUCUCGCUGCAGGUCGUGAGUAAGUCGGGCCUGAAGGAACGCAAACGGUCUCUCGCGGCUCAGAUUGUGAAGCUCCAGGAAGAGAUCGCUCAGGUCGACGAGACGUUGGAAGCCGCUCACGCGCUUUCAGAUGACGAAAUGGAUCGAGUAAUAAGAGAGCAGGAAGAGCAGGAAGAUCCCGAUUGGGUGGAGGAACUUGACGAGGAUGACAUGCACGACGAGUGGCAUGGUGGAAUGCUGCAUGGCGCCUGUGAGUGCGACAGGUGUACGGCAAGGCGUCUGCAGCUUAGUCCUGAAUCCUCGGAGGACGAAGCAGACGAGGCGGAAGCGAAGCGAAUCGACGAGGAGGACUACGAGGACGACGAUAACGACACGGACGACGAGGACGACGAGGCAUACAGGCUAGCAGAUUCCCUCAUCGCGCAUGCACUGUCGUAUCACGGCCUGUCGCCAUCAAGCCAGGACGACAACCUGGGAUUAAGUCGGUUUCAUUAUCUGCGUCACGUCAACGUCGUCGAGACCGCCAUCGACAUAGUGCGACAGCUUGGCAAGCUCGACACGGACCUUGGCCGCAAACUGCAGAAGAUCGAUACAUGGCUGAACGAUCCGGCGUAG